AUGCCGAUUGAACUCUACAAUAACUCGUGUGUGAACGACGGCAUGUCCUGGAUCUACUACGACAAUAUUGAAUACCUCCCAAACACCUCCAACGCCUUCAAGAUGGGAUGGGCUGACGUCCAGCCGGCCUUCAAGAAGCCCACGCACACGGGACACGGCAACGCCCACCUGCGCAUCGCCAACAACAUUCCGUUCCCGGAGUCGGUUGACCACGGCGUCUUCACUGAGCUCGCCGCCAUCACCUACAACUUCCCAGAGUCCAUGAUGGAGGGUGGAACGCCCAAGGCCAUGGAUCCUGCUUGGAAUAUCUGCUAGCACUGCGUGGUCACCAAUAAGAUUGAUCCGACUAAGCCCGUCGGUCACGGCUGUGGGUUCUUGCCAGACGAAUGCCGCUCCGAUCUCGAGAGCAGUCUUACGAAAGGAU